CCAGUUGCCAUAGGAAUGCCCAGAGGUGACUAUUCGUCAAAACGAGGACAAACGGACAAUUUGUGGAUGACGGAUGGCACAGCUGGCAGGGCGGCGAAGUCCUUUCAUAGACCUUGGAACAUGGACACAUCCUCCGGAGACGACGAGGCUCCCAAGGAUCCAGGAGCCCAGCAGACUCACUUGCAAGGCUACACAGAGCUGGAUUUCCAAGGGCACCGUGCUCAUUCCAUAUACGUCGGCGUCCAUCUGCCGGGAAAGAAAAGACACAGACGUCAUCACAAACAUCACCACAAAGCAACCCCGCACGCCAAAGGACCUCAAGAACAGGAAGUCCCAAUUACUCCUCCAGCUCAAAGGGUUCAGUUCAUUCUUGGCGAAGAUGCAGAUGAUAACACUCACGAGUCACACCCACUUUUCUCUGAAAUGGAAGAACUCGUCAUGGGAGAAGGAGAUGUGCCCGAAUGGAAGGAAACAGCUAGGUGGAUUAAGUUUGAAGAAGAUGUGGAAGAGGGUGGAAAUAGGUGGUCAAAGCCACAUGUUGCGACUUUGUCCCUCCACUCAUUAUUUGAGCUUAGGAGCCUUCUUUUAAACGGAACUGUACUUCUUGAUAUGGAAGCACAAAGUUUAGAGCAAGUGGCUGAUCUGUUCUUAGAUAAUAUGGUUAAUGCCGGCACAGUCACAUUUGACACUCGAGAAAAGGUCAGAGAAUCAAUUUUGAGGAGACAUAGGCAUCAGCACGAAAGGAGAAAAGACAGUCAGAUGUCUCGUCUUCCUAUCAUUAGGUCUCUGGCUGACAUCGGCAGGAAUCAUUCCUCUUCAAAAAUUGAAGAGCAACAACAGCAGGCGCUGUCAGCAGGAGCUGCCAAGCCAGAGGCGGGGAAGUUCUUGUCAAUUCCUGGAGCUGGUGGGCCUCAAAUAGAAGGAAUGGAAAGAAGUCCGAGUGCUGUUUCCAUGUCAAGGAAUUACAGUUCAAGUGAUUUAAAUGGAGACCACAAGGCAAACCUUCAUUUUAUGAGAAAAAUUCCACCAGGAGCGGAAGCUUCUAAUAUUCUUGUAGGAGAAGUAGAUUUCUUGGAUAAGCCUCUGUCUGCAUUUAUAAGGCUUAACCAGGGGACUUAUUUCGGAGACCUUACUGAAGUACCUGUGCCAACUAGGUUUUUAUUUGUACUUUUAGGACCUUUGGGAGGAAUUUCAAGUUUUCAUGAAAUUGGCCGAGCGAUGGCCACUCUCAUGUCUGACGAGGUAUUCCAUGAAGUUGCAUACAGAGCUCGAAAUCGCAACCAUCUUCUAGCCGCAGUUGAUGAAUUUCUAGAUGCCGUUACUGUCUUGCCUCCAGGAGAAUGGGACCCAGCGAUUAGAAUAGAACCUCCAGCAGCAAUCCCGUCUCAGGAUAACAGGAGAAAGCCUCCAGAAAAGCCAAAAGAAGAAAUGGACCCAGAGAAAGAAGAGCAAAAGCUUCGAGAAGAAUCCGGCCUAAGUAGAACAGGGAGAUUAUUUGGUGGACUUGUGAAUGACAUUAAGAGGAAACUUCCUUGGUAUAUAUCAGAUUUUAAGGAUGCAUUAGCAGUCCAGUGCAUUGCAUCAUGGAUUUUCCUCUACUUUGCCUGUUUAUCACCGAUCAUCACCUUCGGUGGUCUUCUCUCAGAAGCUACUGGAAAAAAUAUGGCUGCUAUGGAAUCCCUAAUUUCUGGUUUUGUUUGUGGUAUUGGCUAUGGAUUUUUUAGUGGCCAACCUUUGACGAUUCUAGGCUCAACUGGUCCUGUUCUUGUUUUUGAAACGAUCGUUUUUGAAUUUUGCAAGGAUCAGGGUUGGGAUUACAUGUCGUUUAGGCUUUGGAUAGGGCUUUGGAUUGGUGUCAUUUUGUUUAUUCUAGUGGCCAUCGAUGCCAGUGCUUUGGUCUGUUACAUCACAAGAUUCACCGAAGAAAAUUUUGCAACACUUAUUGCUUUUAUAUUUAUAAUAAAGGCUUUUGAGAAUGUAUUUCAAAUCGGAACCAGGUUUCCGUUAAAUACGACUGGCUACAGAAACUGUUCAUGCAUACCGGAAGAAUUUGGAAUUAACGAAUGUCUGAAUAACUCAGGCAUACUUGUCGGCACUUGUGAAAAAGAGUAUGUUCCUGAUGUAUUUUUGAUGUCACUAGUAUUAUUUUUUGGAACAUUCCUUUUAUCGAUACAUCUCAAAGAUUUUAAAAAUGCUUCAUUCUUCCCAUCUAAGGUUAGGCAAUUCAUCAGCGAUUUUGCAGUAAUUAUUGCUAUCUUCUCAAUGACUUGGUUGGAUUAUAAAAUGAAUUUACCUACUCCAAAAUUAGAGGUGCCAAGUGAAUUCAAGCCGACCCUCCCUGGACGAGGCUGGGUAAUUUCACCGUUUUUAAACUACUGGUGGACCAUACCUUUGGCAAUUCUACCGGCUCUUCUAGGAACAAUCCUAAUAUUCAUGGACCAACAGAUCACUGCUGUUAUUGUGAACAGGAAAGAAAAUAAACUGAAGAAAGGGUGUGGAUACCAUCUAGAUUUAUUCGUCUUAGCCAUUCUAAUCGUAAUUUGCUCAGUUAUGGGACUCCCUUGGUUUGUGGCUGCCACCGUCCUUUCAAUCAACCAUGUUAAUUCUCUUAAACUCGAAUCUGAAUGUGCUGCCCCUGGAGAAAAACCACAGUUUUUAGGUGUCAGGGAACAACGUGUAACCCAUAUACUCAUAUUUUUAAUGAUUGGCAUGUCAGUUUUAAUAACGCCAAUAUUACGUAAUAUCCCUAUGCCUGUGUUGUUCGGUGUCUUCCUUUACAUGGGUGUCGCUUCUCUCAAAGGACUGCAAUUUUUUGAUAGAUUACUCAUCAUGCUGAUGCCUGCUAAAUAUCAGCCAGAUUACAUGUUCCUUAGACAGGUGCCUAUAAGAAGAGUACAUCUUUUCACAAUUAUCCAACUAGGUUGUCUUAUAAUGUUGUGGCUAAUAAAAUCAUUCAGCUCUACUUCAAUAUUGUUUCCACUUAUGCUUGUUGUGAUGAUCGGAAUUCGUAAAAGCUUGGACUUAAUUUUUACUCAGAGGGAACUCAAGAUUUUGGAUGAUGUCAUGCCGGAGACAACAAAACGUAAUGAAGAAGAUGAAGAAUCUCUAGGAAAUGAGGAUAAAGAAUUGCAGCCUGAAAAUUUGCAGAUCCCCCUCCCCAACGGCAACAUAAUGAAAAUCCCCCUAACAUCCAUUAACAUUUCGGAGGAGAUGAAUAAAACCGGGAUAUGGAAGCAGGUGAACAACGAAAAAGAAAAGAAGAAAAGCCCUGGGAAAAAUGUAAUGAAAGUUAUCAAGAGAGGGAAGCAAAAAGACGCGAUAACCGAUGAAGAAAAGGUCCGAUUAUCUACAAUGGCGGAGGAAGAAGAAGAACUAGAGCCCAUAACAAUCAAGGUGGGCAGUGAACCUGCACCUGAAAAAAAGUGUGAAACAUAAAGCAAAAAACUUUAUUGACACAUCAAGAGGGACUACUGAAUGCACUCUAAGGAAAUCAAAAGGGCCUGGGACGGAAGUCUAAAUGAACUGACUGAAUACAAUUUUUGUAUGAAUGAGACACCAAUAGGAACUGCGCUUUAUUGUAAAAACAUUUUAAAACAAAAAAAACCUUAACUGAUCAUUCUUAUUUAUAUAUAUAGAAAAUUUAUAAUUAAAUAAAUGAAGAGAUUUGUUUAGCUUAAUUAAAUAAAUUUUU